AGAGGAUGCCAAGGAGAACAUUCUGGACAACUGAGAAUCACAAGCUGCAUUAAAAAGGAACAUAAAUCAAGUCAGCAAUGUAAAUAUUUUCCACUUCCUCCAGAAAAACACAAAACUCUUCUCUUUCUACAGCAGGUGACAGACAAGGGAGAGAAAAACAGGAAGAGAGUUUUAAGCUGGAAAAAAUUGAGUAUAUGGAAGUCACGGAAACAUUACAUGAAAACGUCAAGGGGGAUAAUUUCCAAAUUCAGAAAAAAGAAGGAAAUAUCUGGAAGUCAGUGAAGAAGCAGUCAGGUGCAUAGCCACGUACGGCAGAGAGUAAUGCAAACCUCAACCUGUGAGGAAGGAAACAUUAACUUGAAUCAAACCACCAUCCAACAAGGGAUCAGAAAUAUUUUUGACCUCCUUGAGAAUCCAAGAUUAUCAGCAGUGGAAAAGCUUGACAGAUGUGUAUAUUGUGGGAAAAGCACAGAUUGCAGAUCACAGCUGAGUAUUCAUGAUAGAAUCCACACCGGAGAAAAGCCGUACAAAUGCUCAGAGUGUGGGAAGGUCUUCCGCUAUAGCUCCCAACUUUUUAUGCAUAAAAAGACCCACACUGGAGAGAAGCCCUACCAGUGCUCUCAAUGUGGCAAAAGCUUUAGGAGGCAUGCCACCCUCGUGAUACACAAGAGGACUCACACUGGGGAGAAACCGUAUGAGUGUCCAGAUUGUGGGAAAAGUUUCACUCACAACUCCAACCUGGUGAUACACCAAAGGACUCACAUACAAGAGAAACCAUAUGAGUGUCCAGAUUGUGGGAAAAGUUUUAGUCGGAAUUCCGAUCUGCUGAUACAUCAGAGGACUCACACAGGAGAGAAACCGUACGAGUGUCAGGAUUGUGGGAAAAGUUUCAGGCAGAAUUCCCACCUAGUGAUACACCAGAGGAUUCACACAGUAGAGAAACCAUAUGAAUGUCCAGAUUGUGGGAAAACUUUUAUUCGGAAUUCUGACCUGAUCAUACACCAGAGGACUCACACAGGAGAGAAACCAUAUGAGUGCCAGGAUUGUGGGAAAAGUUUCAUUCGGAAUUCUGUCCUGGUGAUACACCAGAGGACUCACACAGUUGUAAAACCAUUCAAGUGUCUGGGCUGUGGGAAAAGUUUCAUUCGGAAUUCCGACCUCGUGGUACACCAGAGGACUCACACAGGAGAGAAACCAUAUGAGUGUCUGGAUUGUGGGAAAAGUUUCAUUCGGAAUUCCAACCUGGUGAUACACCAGAGGAUACACACAGGGGAGAAACCGUAUGAGUGUGUGGAUUGUGGAAAAAGUUUCAGUCGGAAUUCCGACCUGGUGAUACACCAGAGGACGCAUACCGGGGAGAAGCCAUAUGAGUGUCUGUAUUGUGGGAAAAGUUUCAGUCAGAAUUCCUACCUGGUGUUACACCAGAGGACUCACACUGGAGAGAAACCGUAUGAAUGUCUAGAUUGUGGGAAAAGUUUCAGUUGGAAGUUCUGCCUGGUGAAACACCAAAGGACUCACACCGGAGAGAAACCGUAUGAGUGUCCAGUUUGUGGGAAAAGUUUCAGUCAGAAUUCCUACCUGGUGAUACACCAGAGGACUCACACUGGAGAGAAACCGUAUGAGUGUCCAGUUUGUGGGAAAAGUUUCAGUCAGAAUUCCUACCUGGUGAAACACCAAAGGACUCACACUGGAGAGAAACCAUAUGAGUGUCUGGUUUGUGGGAAACGUUUCAGGCAGAAUUCUAACCUGGUGAGACAUCACAGGACUCACAUAGGAGAGAGACCGUAUGAGUGUCCGGUUUGUGGGAAAAGUUUCAGUCAGAAUUCCUACCUGGUGUUACACCAGAGGACUCACACUGGAGAGAAACCGUAUGAGUGUCCAGUUUGUGGGAAAAGUUUCAGUCAGAAUUCCUACCUGGUGUUACACCAGAGGACUCACACUGGAGAGAAACCGUAUGAAUGUCUAGAUUGUGGGAAAAGUUUCAGUUGGAAGUCCUGCCUGGUGAUACACCAAAGGACUCACACCGGAGAGAAACCGUAUGAGUGUCCAGAUUGUGGAAAAGGUUUCACUAAUAGGUCUAGCCUUAUAAAUCAUGUAGGUUUACACACAGGAGAGAAACCAUUCAAAUGCCCAGACUGCGGACGCUGCUUCACGCAAUAUUCCUCCCUUACCGCACAUAAGAAAAUCCACAUGAAGCAGAAGAUGAUGUGUGUAGAAAACUCUUGAAUUUCAUUACUGAUCUCCCAUUGGAUGUGAAGCUGAGAAAUUAACUAUUUAAUUUCUGGCCUGAUUCUUUUUAGUAAAACGUAUCUCAGUAUCAGACAUGAGGGAGGAGAGAAAAAAUAGAAAAUGUUAAUUUGAUGGAUAAGUAUACGCAUCUGGUUGUCAGCAGAGGCUAACUGGAUACUUACUUUUGCAGAAAUGAUGCAGUUACUUCAAAAAGGCUUUUGGGGAGUGUUUUUUGCAUAUUGAUAAUCAUAGAUCUUAGAAAUGCAACAUGCAGAGUUUCAGCCUUUUUCAACCUGGGUGUCCUCCAGAUUUUGAGCCCCAGAACUCCCCAGCCAGCAUAACCUUUGUGGAAAAUAUCUGGGAGUCAUAGCGAAUGUUUCUGGGAGGCUCCAAUAAGUUGCUGCAGGUCCUUAAACAUACAUUAAAGAAAAGAUAGAAGCACUUUUGCUUCAGUUAGAGAUUGUGGUUCCUCAAAUAUGAAGAAAGUGAUAUGAGAGGACAGGUAAAGAGGGUUCA